AUGGGGAAGGAGCAGUUCCGCGAGACGGACGUGGCCAAGAAAAUAAGCCACAUUUGCUUUGGGAUGAAGUCUCCUGAAGAAAUGCGGCAACAGGCUCACAUCCAGGUGGUCAGUAAAAAUCUGUACAGCCAAGAUAACCACUCGCCUCUUCAAUAUGGCGUCUUGGACCAUCGCCUGGGUACAAGUGAAAAAGACCGUCCCUGUAAGACCUGUGGAAAAAAUCUGGCAGAAUGUUUGGGGCAUUAUGGCUACAUCGACCUGGAGUUACCUUGUUUUCACGUGGGAUACUUCAAAGCUGUGAUAGGGAUCCUCCAGAUGAUUUGCAAAACUUGUUGCCAUAUCUUGCUGACUGCCGAAGAACAGAAACAGUUUUUGGAUUAUCUGAAGAGACCUGGUUUGACCUAUCUCCAGAAAAGGGGCUUGAAGAAAAAGGUCUCCGAAAAAUGCAGGAAGAAGAACACGUGCCCACAUUGUGGUGCUUUCAACGGUACUGUGAAGAAGUGUGGCUUGCUGAAGAUAAUCCACGAGAAGUACAAGACCACCAAAAAGAUUGUGGACCCCGUUGUGUCUCAUUUCAUCCAGUCUUUCGACACGGCGAUAGAGCAUAACAAGGAGAUUGAAGCUUUGCUGGGGAAAGCCCAGGAGAACCUGAACCCGCUGAUGGUGCUGAACAUCCUGAAGAGGAUCCCUGCAGAAGACAUCCCUCUGCUCCUGAUGAACCCCGAAUCGGGGAAGCCUUCCGACUUGAUCCUGACCCGCCUUCUGGUCCCCCCGCUGUGCAUUCGGCCUUCCGUGAUCAGCGACUUGAAGUCCGGCACCAACGAGGACGAUCUAACGAUGAAGCUGACGGAAAUCAUUUUCCUGAACGAUGUGAUCAAAAAGCAUAGAAUAUCGGGAGCCAAAACUCAGAUGAUAAUGGAAGACUGGGAUUUCCUGCAGCUACAAUGUGCCCUGUAUAUUAACAGCGAACUUUCCGGCAUCCCCCUCAACAUGGCGCCCAAGAAAUGGACCAGAGGCUUUGUUCAAAGGCUGAAGGGGAAGCAAGGCCGGUUUAGGGGAAACUUGUCUGGAAAGCGAGUCGAUUUCUCAGGCAGAACGGUUAUCUCUCCUGAUCCUAACCUGAGAAUUGAUGAGGUGGCUGUACCUGUGCACGUGGCAAAGAUUCUCACCUUUCCCGAGAAGGUAAACAAAGCCAACAUCGGCUUUAUGAGGAAACUUGUUCGAAAUGGUCCAGAAAUUCAUCCCGGUGCCAACUUCAUCCAGCAGAGGCAUACACAAAUGAAACGGUUCUUGAAGUACGGGAACCGGGAGAGGAUGGCGCAGGAGCUGAAGUACGGCGACAUUGUAGAGAGGCACCUGAUAGAUGGCGACAUCGUCUUGUUUAACCGACAGCCUUCUUUGCACAAACUCAGCAUUAUGGCUCAUAUCGCUACGGUAAAACCUCACCGCACUUUUCGCUUCAACGAAUGUGUUUGCACGCCGUACAACGCCGAUUUUGACGGCGACGAGAUGAAUCUUCACCUGCCUCAAACCGAAGAAGCGAAAGCUGAAGCGCUGGUCCUCAUGGGGACCAAAGCGAACUUGGUAACUCCGAGGAACGGGGAACCGCUGAUUGCUGCCAUUCAAGAUUUUCUGACAGGUGCAUAUCUCCUCACGCUAAAGGACACUUUCUUUGACCGAGCGAAAGCCUGUCAGUUGAUCGCCUCUAUUCUGGUGGGCAAGGAUGAAAAAGUGAAAGUUCGCCUCCCGCCUCCAGCAAUUCUUAAGCCGGUCACCCUGUGGACAGGAAAACAGGUCUUUAGCAUCAUUCUGAAGCCCGGGGACAGUUGCCCGGUCAAGGCCAAUCUCAGAACCAAAGGCAAACAAUACUGUGGCAAAGGCGAAGAUUUGUGCAGUAACGACUCCUAUGUCGCCAUCCACAACAGCGAGUUGAUGUCCGGCAGCAUGGACAAAGGAACCCUGGGAUCCGGAUCCAAGAAGAACAUAUUCUACAUUUUGCUGAGAGACUGGGGCCAGGUGGAGGCAGCUGAUGCUAUGUCAAGAUUAGCCAGACUUGCUCCUGUCUACCUCUGUAAUAACAGCCCCCUCACAAUGGCUGUGUGUGGGUCAAAAGGAUCCUUUAUCAAUAUAUCCCAGAUGAUUGCUUGUGUAGGUCAACAAGCUAUCAGUGGCUCACGGGUGCCCGAUGGCUUUGAAAAUCGGUCCUUGCCUCAUUUUGACAAGCAUUCCAAGCUUCCAGCCGCUAAAGGUUUUGUUGCCAACAGCUUCUAUUCUGGGUUGACCCCCACUGAAUUUUUCUUCCACACCAUGGCGGGACGGGAAGGCCUUGUUGAUACAGCUGUAAAAACAGCUGAAACGGGAUACAUGCAGAGACGACUGGUGAAAUCCCUUGAAGAUCUUUGUUCUCAGUACGACUUGACCGUCCGGAGUUCGACGGGGGACAUUAUACAGUUCAUUUACGGUGGGGACGGCUUGGAUCCUGCAGCCAUGGAAGGAAAGGACGAGCCCUUGGAGUUCAAACGCGUUCUGGACAAUGUCAGAGCCGUGCAUCCCAGCCGUAGUGAACCCGCGCUGAGUAAAAACGAAUUGGUGCUGACGGCGGAAUCCAUCAUGAAGAAGAACGAGUUCCUUUGUUGCCAGGAAAGCUUUCUGCAGGCUUUAACUGAAAGUGGCUAUGUGGCCCAUAAUACGAUGGAGCCUGGCUCGGCAGUGGGAGCCCUUUGUGCUCAAAGCAUCGGGGAGCCCGGCACGCAGAUGACUCUGAAGACUUUCCAUUUUGCCGGCGUGGCCUCCAUGAACAUCACCUUAGGAGUGCCAAGGAUCAAGGAGAUCAUCAACGCCUCGAAAGCAAUCAGCACACCAAUUAUCACUGCCCAUCUUGACAAAGACGAUGAUGCCGAUUUUGCCCGUUUGGUCAAAGGAAGAAUAGAAAAGACACUUCUAGGAGAGAUUUCAGAGUACAUGGAGGAGGUUUUUCUUCCCGACGACUGCUUCAUUCUUGUCAAGCUUUCUCUAGAGCGGAUCAGGCUGCUAAGGCUGGAAGUUAAUGCAGAGACUGUGAGAUAUUCUAUCUGCGUCUCAAAGCUGAGAGUGAAGCCUGGGGAUGUGGUGGUCCACGGGGAAGCCGUAGUCUGUAUUACUCCCCGGGAGAACAGCAAGAGCUCCAUGUAUUAUGUCUUGCAAUCCCUGAAGGAAGAACUCCCAAAGGUGGUGGUGCAAGGUAUCCCAGAGGUAUCUCGUGCUGUCAUUCAUAUUGAUGAACAGAGUGGGAAGGAAAAGUACAAAUUGUUGGUGGAAGGUGACAACUUGAGAGCUGUCAUGGCCACCCAUGGAGUCAAAGGAACCAGAACAACCUCGAACAACACUUAUGAGGUUGAGAAAACCCUGGGCAUUGAAGCUGCACGAACCACUAUUAUCAGUGAAAUCCAAUAUACGAUGGUCAACCACGGAAUGAGUAUUGAUCGGAGGCAUGUCAUGUUGUUGUCGGACCUAAUGACCUACAAGGGUGAAGUUCUGGGGAUUACUAGAUUCGGACUAGCAAAAAUGAAAGAGAGCGUCUUGAUGCUUGCUUCAUUCGAAAAGACAGCAGACCACCUCUUCGAUGCCGCCUACUUUGGGCAGAAGGAUUCGGUGUGCGGCGUUUCCGAAUGUAUUAUUAUGGGUAUCCCAAUGAACAUCGGAACGGGACUGUUCAAGCUGCUGCAUAAAGCCGACAAGGACGCUGUUCCACCCAGACGGCCUUUAAUUUUUGAUAACCCCGAUUUCCACACCUCCCUCCCAUCGUAGCAGCAGCUGGCCAGCACCAGAGAAUAAGUUGAUCGUGUGUGUGUAUAUAUAUAUAUAAAUCUAUCUUUUUUAACUGAAACGUAAAUUGGUGUGUGCUUCUCAAACAGGGUAUGUGUGUGUGUGUGUGUAACUGAAACGUAAAUUAGUGUGUGCUCCUUAUAUGGUUUAUGUUGUAAAUGGGUUAUAAGCAAAUGUCUAUUUAAGAGUCAAAGUAAGCAAGGAAACUCAACCCAGAAGCGUGUGUGUGUGUGUGUGUGUGCGCCCACCCAAUAAAAUGUAAAAAGGAAAUCUAAGAUUCUAAUGCUGUGAAUAAAGCGACAUUUUUUCCCACA